AAUUAUCCACUCAAAUGUCAAUUAUCCAUCGAAUGGGCACCAUGUCCAUAACCGCAACUACCAGAAUUGGAUUUGGAGUCCGUCUUCAAACUUCCAAUCUCACUUUCUUCUCAACUUCACUUCCCUCAAUCCCUAAUCUUGCUCUCCUCAAGUGGAAGCGUUCAUCACCUCCAAUGUCCGCCAAUUUUCUUCAAGUCAACGCUUCCUCUGCCAUUGAUGCUCCGAGUGAAGAAUUAGAGGCUUCGUCUGGGGUAAACAUUGGAGCGAACGACCUGCUGAUUGUUGGACCUGGUGUUCUUGGCCGUUUAGUUGCUGAAAAAUGGAGAGAGGAAAACCCAGGCUGUCAGAUAUAUGGGCAGACAAUGACCACCCAUCACCAUGAUGAACUGAUUAAAAUGGGAAUUAAUCCAUCUUCCAAAGAAACCAAGCUGACUUACAAGUUCCCUUAUGUUAUAUUCUGUGCUCCUCCAUCCCAGACUGAAGACUACGCUGGUGACAUAAGGGAGGCUGCAUUAAGCUGGAAUGGCGAAGGUUCUUUCCUAUUUACUUCAAGCUCUGCACCAUAUGACUGCUUUGACAACGGAGCAAUAAAUGAGGAUGGUCCCAUAGUUCCAAUAGGGAGGAGUCCUAGAACUGAUGUACUUCUCAAGGCAGAGAAAGUAGCGCUGGACUUUGAUGGUUGUGUAGUUAGAUUGGCUGGCCUUUAUAAAGCAGAUAGAGGCGCACAUAUAUACUGGUUACAUAAAGGAAUCUGUGAUAUUCGUCCUGACCACAUCCUCAAUCUUAUUCAUUAUGAGGAUGCCGCUUCAUUGUCAGUUACCAUCUUAAAGAAGAGACUUCGUGGUCGGAUCUUUUUGGGCUGUGACAACCACCCUUUAUCCAGGCAGGAAGUGAUGGAUUUGGUCGAUAAAAGUGGAAAGUUUGAUAUGAAGUUUGAGGGUUUCAUAGGAACUAAUGAUCCUUUAGGAAAGAAGUUAAACAACUCAAAAACUCGUGCUGAACUAGGAUGGGAGCCCAAAUAUCCAAGCUUUGCUCAAUUCCUUGGAGUAUCAGAAUAAUUGCUGCCACGGCUAUCACCCCUUCUAAAUGACUGGAGUAACGCAGACUGCCAUUUUCACAUUCUUUCUUGAUGCAGCAUCUGUUCCCAUGCUUUCAUAUUCAUACUGAAACUAUAGGAUCAUUGUUUGGUGUAUUUAACUACAAUCUGUGAGUAGUAUUCUUGUUAGCACAUUAUGGAAUUGGAAUCUGUAUACAGCCUUUACUGCAAUUUAUUGCUUGGACUUGAGAACAAUGUCCUUGUUAAUCA